AUGGCAAAAGGUAUUCGAGCAUUAUUAGAUACAGUUAUUCAAGCUCUUCCACAAGUUGAAAAUUUGGGUCUUUUAUUUUUUCUUCUUUUCUUCAUAUUUACUGCUCUUGGUGUUGAAUUAUUUGGAAAAUUAGAAUGUAGUGAAGAACGUCCAUGUACUGGACUUGAUAAACAUGCACAUUUUAAAGAUUUUGGUAUGGCUUUUUUAACAUUAUUUCGUAUUGCAACUGGUGAUAAUUGGAAUGGAAUAAUGAAAGAUGCAUUACGUCAAGAUGAUUCUCCACAUGGUGGAAAAAAUCAUUUAAUGUCAGCAUUAGCACCAAUUUAUUUUGUUAUUUUUGUUCUUAUGGCACAAUUUGUUCUUGUUAAUGUUGUUGUUGCUGUAUUAAUGAAAAAACUUGAUGAAUCAAAUCGAAUGAUGUCUGAUGACACAGUAAUAGAUGAGGAAAUUGAACGACAAUUAGAAGUUGAUGCACAUGAUAGAGAUUAUCUUGAACAACCAUUAAUUGAUGAUAAAGGACUCAAUUUUCUAAAUGAUAAUAAUAUAAGUUAUUUUCCAUUAACAAAACAAUUAUCUUUACCACCAAAUUUGAUAUUUCAUUCAAUGAGUUCAGUAACUGAAUGUUCAGAAAAGGAUUUGUUUACAUUAUAUAAUAUUAUGUGA